CAAAAAAAAAAAAAAAAUGCUGUCUGGACAAUUAGAGAAGAAGGGUUUUUUCAUAGCUACACUUAUAAUAUUUUGGUAUUCCUCAAAUAUUGGAGUCCUUCUUUUGAACAAAUUAUUGCUGUCAAAUUAUGGAUUUAGAUUCCCAAUUUUUCUUACAAUGUGUCAUAUGACAGCUUGUGCUGUUCUUAGCUAUGUUUCUAUUGUUUUCUUAAAGAUUGCACCUUUUCAGAGGAUUAAAUCAAGGUCUCAAUUUUUGAGGAUCUCUACACUUAGUGUUGUCUUUUGUGGUUCUGUUGUUGGUGGAAACAUUUCUUUAAGGUACUUGCCUGUGUCGUUUAAUCAGGCUGUGGGUGCAACAACACCCUUUUUUACUGCAUUGUUUGCUUAUUUGAUGACAAGGAAGCAAGAAGCUUGGGCUACUUAUGGUUGCCUUGUUCCUGUUGUAACUGGGGUUAUUAUUGCAAGUGGGGGUGAGCCAAGCUUCCACCUUUAUGGAUUUAUCAUGUGUAUUGGUGCAACUGCUGCUAGAGCCUUCAAAUCUGUUCUUCAAGGAGUUCUUCUUUCUUCUGAAGGGGAAAAACUGAACUCCAUGAAUCUCCUGCUCUACAUGUCACCAAUUGCUGUUGUAGUAUUAUUGCCUGCUGCACUCGUUAUGGAGCCUAAUGUUAUCGAAGUCACUGCAACAAUCGCGACUGAACACAGAUACCUUGGCCUGCUUAUUUUGAUUAAUUCUGCAAUGGCCUAUGGUGCCAAUUUAUUGAACUUUUUGGUGACUAAGCAUACCAGUGCAUUGACACUCCAGGUCCUAGGCAAUGCAAAAGGUGCAGUGGCUGUUGUUAUCUCCAUACUAAUUUUCCAAAAUCCAGUAACUUUCAUCGGAAUCGCGGGCUACACGAUGACUGUGAUGGGAGUUGUUGCUUAUGGAGAAUCCAAAAGAAGGCACAAAUAAGUUUGACAUCAAAACCCUUUUUUUCUUGUUUUCAUAAAGUACCAUACACUUGUGUUUCUUCAAAAGGUGUUAGAUGUGUUGUGGUAGAGUUAGGAAGAUAUAGAUUCCAUUGCAAUUUUGUAGCCCAUAGACAGAUGAAAUGGUUAAAAGGGGUUGAUUUCUUUUACCAAUUCUUCUGUU